CAAAAAUAAAUUUAUAAGUGUCUUAUCUACAUUUCUGGCAAUGUCUUAAUUUAUAUUUUCAUUUCGCCGGUCGCCUAAAAUUCAAAAUAACUAUGGCUGAGUUAGCUAGUGCACGUGUUAAAGAGGCUAUCAAUUCAUUACUAGAAGAUAUUGAUCGAUCAUGUAUGAGGAACAUGCAAGGAGAUAUGCAUAGGUGUGCUGCAAAAUGUUGUGAUAAUCGAUCUCUUUCGAUGGAAGAAACUCACCAGUGUAUAGAAUCCUGCAGUAAAACAAUUACAGAAGCUCAGAAUUUCCUGCAGAAUGAGCUAACCAAUUACCAGGAUCGCAUUCAGCGAUGUGUCAUGCAGUGCCAAGAUAGUAUAAGAGACAAAGUGACACCAUCUACAACUGAAGCUGAAGUCAGUGCUUUCAAGAAAGACUUUGAAUCUUGUGUCGUUAAAUGUGCUGAUACACACAUUGCUCUAAUACCUUCUAUGCUGAAACGUAUUAAGGAAGUUUUACAGAGCAAAUCUCAAUCAAUGAAAUUAGGAAUGUAAUAUUAAAUAAUUUUAGUUAAUCAUUUGUAAUUAGUUUUGUAGCAUGUUGAUAAAUAUUUUGACAUCAAAACUAGGUUAAAUAUACUAUUUUUUACUGA